AGCAUUGCCAUACCCUUCAUUCCUUUGUCAGAUGUCUUUGCAGGCCUGUAGAAAUUUAUAAAAAUCCCAAAAUUUACAAAAAAAAGGAAAACCACACAAGAUGUUUCAUGGCCUAUCCGUUAUGCUGUUCAACACCUCCGAGAUCGAGAGGAACGUCUUUGGGAUGGCCGACGAUGUGUAUCGCACCAUCGAUAUCUUCGAGCAGGCCGCCAGAUUCGAGGCCAGUAUCGGCAGACCCUUCGAUUUGUUGUCCAUGGUUUUUGACUGUCUCGUCUUCAUGGCGGUGGCCCUCAUCGUCGUGGCCCUGGUCCUGCAGAAGCGGUUCGUGAAGCUCUGGCAGCUGGCCAGGCUGAGUCGCCUCAGGGAGCAGGUGCCGGGCAUUAACAAGGCCAACAAGAAGGACACCUUCCCGGAGACCAGGUCAUCCUCCGUUACAUCCCUGCCGGAACUCAACCAACAGCUGGAGGACGACGGCAUUAGUAUCCACAAACUCGAAACCAGCGAGAACGAGGAGGAGGACACCUUGGAGAUGAAGAAGAUGGUGGGCACUGCCCUGUGGGCUAAGAACUGGCGGGUCUCGACCAAAAUCCAGAGUUUUGGUUCGUUCUACGACACCUGGUUCCGCUAGAUUCAGGUGCGGAAAUCGUGUUCCAUUAACUGCACAUCGUGAUGCUGACACCAAUCGAUUGAUUGCGACUUUGCGGUUACCGAUUUGAAUUUGUAAAAGUGCCACAAAUUGGCUAAUUAAGCUCGAUAUUCAUAUAUGAACCCAAAUUGAAUAAGUGCCUGACUCAUA